AUGGCUCGUACCAAGCAAACUGCCAGAAAAUCCACCGGAGGAAAAGCCCCAAGGAAGCAGCUUGCCACCAAGGCCGCUCGCAAGUCCGCUCCCGCCACCGGAGGAGUGAAGAAGCCUCACCGUUUCAGGCCCGGAACCGUUGCUUUGAGGGAAAUCCGCAAGUACCAGAAGAGUACCGAGCUUCUUAUCAGGAAGCUUCCAUUCCAGAGACUCGUUAGGGAAAUUGCUCAGGACUUCAAGACUGAUCUCCGCUUCCAGAGCAGUGCUGUUUCCGCUCUUCAAGAAGCCGCUGAGGCUUACUUGGUUGGUUUGUUCGAGGACACUAACCUCUGCGCCAUUCAUGCCAAGAGAGUUACCAUUAUGCCCAAGGACAUUCAGCUUGCUCGUAGGAUCAGAGGCGAGAGGGCUUAG